GCCGGGUCCCCGCGGGAUGCGGGCGGUGCGGAGGCUGCAUGAGGCGGCCGUGGCGCUGCUGCUGUGGCGGGGCCCGGGCCCGGCCCGGCCCGCGGCCUCGGAGGUGCUGAGCCAGCACCUGCGGCAGCGCCGCCUGCCCCACUGGACCUCCUUCUGCGUCAAGUACAGCGCGGUGCGCAACGACCAGUUCGGGCUCUCGCACUUCAACUGGCCCGUGGACGGCGCCAACUACCUGGUGCUGCGGACCGGCUGCUUCCCCUUCAUCAAGUACCACUGCUCGCGGGCCGCGCCGCAGGACCUGGCGCUGCAGAACGCCUUCUUCACCGCGCUCAAGGUGCUCAACGCCGGCAUCCCAACUUUACUGUAUGGAAUUGGCUCCUGGUUCUUUGCCAGCGUCACAGAGACUGUUCAAACGAGCCAUGGCCCAGUUACUGUUUAUUUCCUAAAUAAAGAAGAUGAAGGAGCCAUGUACUGAACUCAGGCCUUCAAGUCCCUGUUGUUUGGUGAUUUCUGCUGCGAAUAUUUGCUCCCUUUGACUAAAAAGAACCGAAGGAAACUGUUACUUUCUUACAGUGCAUCCCCAUUUUUAAUGUGCUGCUUCAAGAAGCUUCCUGGACUUUUUGGUCACGAGAGAUUUAUUUCUGCAGAGGUCAGUAAAGUUGCAGAGGUAGAAGCUUUGGGGGAAGAAUUAAUAUUUCUGAGGGUGUUUAUGGCAGUCACUGACUGGUACUCCUGGACAAAGUUUUGAUAAUUUAAGAUCAUUUAGCAGAUUAGAGAACUGAACUGUAGCCUGUGAACAAG